CAGCAUUAUCAUCACUUGAAAGAAAUUCACACACAUACAUACACAGACAUGGUGUCCACCUCUUCAUUGUUGAUCAAGCUCUUGGUAAUACAGAGUCUAUUAGUUUUAUGCAUUGCACGAGAUUUUGAUUUCUUCUACUUUGUUCAACAGUGGCCAGGAUCAUACUGUGACACAAAGCAAAGUUGUUGCUAUCCAAAGACAGGAAAGCCUGCAGCAGAUUUCGGUAUUCAUGGACUUUGGCCCAAUUAUAAGGACGGUUCUUACCCGUCAAACUGCGAUCCAAACAGUCCUUAUGAUCAAUCCAAGAUUUCAGACUUGAUUAGCAGAAUGCAACAGAGUUGGCCAACAUUAGCUUGCCCGAGUGGCACUGGCUCGUCAUUUUGGUCACACGAAUGGGAAAAACAUGGAACUUGUUCGGAGUCUAUCCUUAACCAACAUGGAUACUUCAAAUCAACCCUGGACCUAAAGAAUAAAAUCGACCUACUCCAAAUUCUUCAAGAUGCAGGGAUUCAUCCAGAUGGGAGAUUUUAUAGCUUAAACAGCAUAAAAAAUGCUCUAAAAGGAGGAAUUGGGCACACACCUGGAAUAGAAUGCAAUGUUGAUGCAUCUGGUAAAACCCAACUUUACCAGAUAUAUAUAUGUGUGGACACUUCUGGAUCAAACAUUAUAGAGUGCCCAGUGCUACCUAAUGGGAAGUGUACUUCAAAUGUUGAGUUCCCUUCCUUCUAGACAUAUGUAUCAUAGGGCUAGAGGGAUGCCUCUCCAUCAUUUGUUGAUCAAUAAUGAGAUUUUAAUCCUCAGUGUCA